UAAACAAAUUAAAAUUGUAUUAAAUGUGUACGUUUGAAAUACAAGGCGAAUGCAGAAGACUUUUAAAGGAAGAUUUCAACAAAUCAUGCCAAGAUUUAGCAAUUUACCUUCUGGGAAAAACUUUAGCUCGAAAAUUAAAAAGUGGAGAAAUUUUAAAAGGGCAAAUAGUCGAGACAGAAUGUUAUUUAGGUGGUGAAGAUAAAGCUUCGCAUUCUUAUAACGGCAAUAUAGAACCAGGCGCUGUAGUUUUACUUAGGGCCUUAGAACCCAGGUUGGGGAUAAACAUUAUGGAAAAUUACAGAAUUCUAGGAACAAAAAGAAAAAAUCAAGUCACAGGAAUUAAGUCCGUUAAUCUCUGUAACGGGCCUUCAAAACUGUGUAUUGCUAUGAAUAUAACGAAACAAAAUGCGAACAAGUUAGAUUUAACAGAUUUGUUAAAUGAUCGGCUGUGGAUAGAAGAUGGCCCUUCUAUAAAUGGGGGACGUAUUGUAAAUUCUACUCGAAUUGGAAUUGGACCAUCUGCUGAAGAAUGGGUCUUAAAACCUCUAAGGUAUUAUAUCUUGACUAAUAAGAGUGUUAGUAAAAGAGAUAAAAAUGCCGAGGGACAUAUUUGCAGCAAAUAA